AUGAAACUUGGAUCCUUGGAUGAGUUAUUGAAAGCAAGGAGAACUGUUCUUGACCCUCCUUCGGAAGGCUCAAAUUUGAUCCCUGGGGAUGUGCUCUGGUCUGACCCUUCCUUGCAGAUGGGUCUUUCACCGAAUAAAGAACGAGGCAUCGGUUUGCUUUGGGGUCCAGAUAUCACUCAACAGUUUCUGCGGACAAAUCAUUUGAAGCUAAUCAUCAGGUCACAUGAAGGUCCAGACGCAAGAGACAAGCGACACGAUCUCGUAGGAAUGGAUAAUGGAUAUACAAUUGAUCACGAAGUAGAAUGUCGGAAACUAAUUACUCUCUUCAGUGCACCAGACUACCCACAAUUUCAGGCUUCAAAGGAGCGGCAUAACAAUCGUGGAGCAUAUAUUGUCCUUAAUCCACCAGAUUUUGCUACCCCUGUUUUCCAUAGCUUUGAAGCUGUAAAGCCUCGACCUGCGACGACGGAGAAGGCUAUUAUUAUCAGGAAGGAGAAGCACCUCGAGGACGACGACGAUGACGAGGUCAUCUACAAGAUAGAGGUUGCCGCCAACAGAUAUGAUUUGCUAUGUCUUGAAGGAUUAGCAAGAGCUCUCCGCGUUUUCACGGGGACUGAAGCAAGCCCUGUAUUCCAAGUUUCAUCCAUCCCUCGUGGUUCAAUUCUUCAGAUGCAUGUUAAACCAGAGACUUCAAAAAUUAGACCAUACGUAGUUUGUGCUGUCCUAAGAGGGGUAACUUUUGAUGAAGCAAGAUACAACAGCUUCAUUGAUCUUCAAGACAAACUCCACCAAACUAUCUGCCGGAAGAGAACCCUCGUUGCUAUUGGCACCCAUGAUCUGGACACUCUGCAAGGACCCUUCUCAUACGAGCUCAAUCUUGGGUAUUAUCUUAUUCGCCCUACGUUCAUGGCAAUCUCUGUCAUGGACUUGCACACUGUUCCUAUGUUUGUUCCAUGGCUCUACCACCACAUGAAAUCAGCUGUCCCAUUAAAGCAGGAGAAAAGCUUCAGAGCUGAUAAACUGAUGGAAUUCUAUAAAUCAGACAUGAAACUGAAGAAGUUCUUGCAUAUAAUUGAAAAUUCUCCAGUGUACCCAGUUAUCUAUGAUAGCAACAGGACUGUAUUAUCAUUACCUCCUAUCAUCAAUGGUGCACAUUCAGCUAUCACCCUUGCAGCAAGGAAUGUCUUUAUUGAAUGUACAGCUACUGACCUUACCAAAGCAAAUAUAGUGCUGAAUACAAUGGUUACCAUGUUCUCUAAGUAUUGUGAGACUAAAUUUGAAGUGGAACCUGUUGAAGUGGUACAUCAUGAUGGCAGGAAAACAGUUUACCCUGAUCUUUCAUGUUACAAAAUGGAUGUUUCAUUAUCUGACAUUCUUGGGCCUAUUGGUAUCUCCCAGGACGAUAAACAGGUUGUCUGUCUUUUGAAUAAAAUGCAACUGCAAGCUGAAAGUCACUCAUUGAAGGGGGAGCCUCGCAUUUCAGUGUCUGUUCCUCCAACAAGAAGUGAUAUUCUGCAUGCCCAUGAUUUGUCGGAGGACGUUGCUAUAGCUUAUGGAUUCAACAAUGUGCCAAAAUCAAAGCCGAAGUGCAUGACAAUAGGAGGAAGGCAGCCAUUAAACAGGUUCUCAGAUAAAAUUCGUGCCGAGGUUGCAAGAGCUGGUUAUAUGGAGGUGCUCACAUUUAUCUUGUCUGCACACGAAGAAAACUUUGACAUGUUAAACAGAGCAGAGGACAAAAGUAAGGCAGUCAUUAUCACAAACCCUCGCACUUCUGAAUUCGAGAUUUUUGAAGUUGAUGACGUUGUGAUGCUGGACUCGUCGCGUGAUGUUGGUGCCUCUAAUAAUCGCAGGCUUGCAGCUUUGUACUGCAAUAGGGUUUCUGGAUUUGAGGAAAUUAUGGGAUUGGUGGAUAGUAUUGUCAAAGUUGUCAGAGCUCCGCAUGUCAACUUUGGCAAGAAUUACUAUGUACCUACAGAUGAACCUGAGUUCUUCCUGAAAAGACAAUGUAAAAUUGUUACAAGUGAUGGCAAGCAAGUUGGCUACUUAGGAAUUGUCCAUGCUGAGGUGCUAAGGAAAUUUGGCACUUCCGGACCCCUGCGCUUUGGUUGA